AUGCACAAGACCUACCUUGUGCUGAAUUUUAAAUUUGAAGAUUUAAGAUAUGUGGGGUUAAACAUGUUGAUGAAGGCUGUUAGUGUUGAUGGUCAGGCAGUGCAAAGGCAUCGUACAACAAUUCUGGAAUGUAUAAAGGAUUCUGAUGCUUCUAUUCGGAAAAGAGCCCUUGAACUUGUUUAUAUUCUGGUGAAUGAAACUAAUGUGAAGGCCAUAACAAAGGAGCUAGUAGACUAUCUGGAAGUCAGUGAUCUAGAUUUCAGGGUAGACCUUACUGAAAAAAUUUGUUCAAUAGUUUCAAAGUAUUCCCCAGACAAGAUCUGGUACAUUGAUCAGAUGCUCAAGGUUCUGUCUGAGGCUGGAAAUGUUGUGAAAGAUGAAGUAUGGCAUGCCUUAAUUGUUGUGAUAAGCAAUGCUUCUGAGCUUCAUGGAUAUACAGUAAGAGCAUUAUACAAGGCAUUUCAGAGAUCAGUUGAACAGGAAACUCUUGUUCGCGUUGCAGUGUGGUGCAUUGGAGAGUAUGGUGACAUCCUACUCAAUAAUAUUGGAUUGCUUGAUGUUGAAGAUCCAGUAACGGUCAGCGAGUCAGAUGUUGUGCACAUUGUAGAGAUUGCUUUAGAACGCCAUACAUCGGAUCUUACCACAAAAGCAAUGACUUUGGUUGCCCUAUUGAAGCUAUCUGCACGGUUUCCUUCUUGUUCAGAGAGAAUCAGGGAAUUAGUCGUUCAGUACAAUGGGAACUUUGUGUUGGAAUUGCAGCAAAGAUCCAUAGAAUUCAAUUUGAUUAUUGCAAAGCAUCAAAAUAUUAGGCGUACACUUGUAGAGAGGAUGCCAGUUCUGGAUGAGGCUACAUUCAUUGCUAGGAGGGCGGGACCUUUGUCUGAUGCAGGUUUAACACGUACAAAUGGAGUAGCCAAAUCUGUGGCUCCUAUUGCAGAUCUUCUUGAUAUAAAAUCAGAUGAUGCUCAUGUACCAAGUUCUUCGGAUGGUGAUCUUCUUCAUGACCUUCUUGGUGUUGAUCUUUCACUGCCAUCUCAACAGUCUGAUGCUAGUCAACCUUCAAAAAAUGGCACAGAUGUUCUUUUGGAUCUUUUAUCUAUUGGAUCGACUUCUGCACCUACUGAAUUACCUGUAGAAAGCACCUCAUCGACGAUUGACAUAUUGUCUCCCAAACCAAGUAAGAAGGCACCAGUUUCACCAUUAGAUGAUCUAGCAUCACUUUCACUUUCUUCUAGAGAAACUUUAAAUGCUGGAGCUACUCCCAAGAUGGAUUCAUUAGAUGGUUUUUCCCCCAGCCCACCAACAAAAGAAAACAAUGAACUAGUUUAUCCAUCUAUAACUGUAUUUGAGAGUAGCUCCUUGAGGUUGGUGUUCAAUUUCUCAAAACAGCCUGGAAACUCUCAAACAACGAAUAUUCAGGCUACCUUCACAAAUUUGACCUCAAAUGUAUAUACGGAUUUUGUUUUUCAGGCUGCGGUUCCAAAGGUAUGCCAGUUGGUAUAUGCUGUUGAGUGGCAGCUUUCUGCAUGUACUGUUAAGAUCAUCAUUCACAUGGUGUUUAUUAUAUAA